AUGGGUCCUCCUCUGAAGCUCUUCAAAAACCAGAAGUACCAGGAACUGAAGCAGGAAUGCAUCAGGGAUGGUAGACUUUUCUGUGAUCCAACCUUUUUGCCUGAGAAUGAUUCACUUUUCUACAACCGACUGCUUCCUGGGAAGGUGGUGUGGAAACGGCCCCAGGACAUCUGCGAUGACCCCCGUCUGAUUGUGGGCAAUAUCAGCAACCACCAGCUGACCCAAGGGAGACUGGGGCACAAGCCAAUGGUCUCUGCGUUUUCCUGUUUGGCUGUUCAGGAGUCUAACUGGACAAAGACAAUUCCCAACCAUAAGGAACAGGAAUGGGACCCUCGAAAACUAGAUAAAUAUGCUGGGAUAUUUCGCUUCCGUUUCUGGCAUUUUGGAGAAUGGACCGAGGUGGUGAUUGAUGACUUGCUGCCCACCAUCAAUGGAGAUCUCGUUUUCUCCUUCUCCACCUCCAUGAAUGAGUUUUGGAAUGCUCUGUUGGAAAAAGCUUAUGCCAAGCUGCUUGGCUGUUAUGAAGCCCUCGAUGGUCUGACCACUACUGAUAUCAUCGUGGACUUCACUGGCACAUUGGCUGAAACUGUGGAUGUGCAGAAGGGAAGAUACACUGAGCUUGUUGAGGAGAAGUACAAGCUGUUUGGAGAACUGUACAAGACAUUUACCAAAGGAGGUCUGAUCUGUUGCUUCAUUGAGUUUCCCAAUCAGGAGGAACAAGAAGUUGAAACUGAUUGGGGUCUACUGAAGGGCCAUAUGUACACCAUGACUGAUAUUCGCAAGAUCCGUCUUGGAGAAAGACUCGUGGAGGUCUUCAGUACUGAGAAGCUGUACAUGAUUCGUCUGAGGAACCCCUUGGGAAGACAAGAAUGGAGUGGGCCCUGGAGUGAGAUUUCUGAAGAGUGGCAGCAACUGACUGCAGCAGAUCGCAAGAACCUGGGGCUUGUUAUGUCUGAUGAUGGAGAGUUUUGGAUGAGCCUGGAGGACUUUUGCCGCAUCUUCCAUGAACUGAAUGUCUGUCGCAAUGUGAACAACCCUAUUUUUGGCCGCAAGGAGCUGGAAUCGGUGGUGGGAUGCUGGACUGUGGAUGAUGAUCCCCUGAUGAACCGUUCAGGAGGCUGCUAUAACAACCGUGAUACCUUCCUGCAGAAUCCCCAGUACAUCUUCACUGUGCCCGAGGAUGGGCACAAGGUCAUCAUGUCUCUGCAGCAAAAGGACCUGCGCACUUACCGCCGCAUGGGAAGACCCGACAAUUACAUCAUCGGCUUUGAGCUCUUCAAGGUGGAGGUGAACCGCAAAUUCCGCCUCCACCACCUGUACAUCCAGGAGCGUGCGGGAACCUCCACUUAUAUUGACACGCGCACCGUGUUUCUGAGCAAGUACCUGAAGAAGGGCAACUACGUGCUUGUCCCAACUAUGUUCCAGCAUGGCCGCACCAGCGAGUUUCUCUUGAGAAUCUUCUCUGAAGUGCCUGUCCAGCUCAGGGAGCUGACUCUGGACAUGCCCAAGAUGUCCUGCUGGAAUCUGGCUCGUGGCUACCCCAAGGUUGUCACCCAGAUCACAGUGCACAGUGCCGAGGGCCUGGAGAAGAAGUAUGCCAAUGAAACUGUAAACCCAUAUUUGGUCAUCAAGUGUGGAAAGGAGGAAGUCCGUUCUCCUGUCCAAAAGAAUACUGUUCAUGCCAUUUUUGACACCCAGGCCAUUUUCUACAGAAGGACCACUGACAUUCCUAUUAUAGUGCAGGUCUGGAACAGACGAAAGUUCUGUGAUCAGUUCUUGGGGCAGGUUACUCUGGAUGCUGACCCCAGUGACUGCCGUGAUCUGAAGUCCCUGUACCUGCGUAAGAAGGGUGGCCCAACUGCCAAAGUUAAACAAGGCCACAUCAGCUUCCGGGUUAUUUCCAGUGAUGAUCUCACUGAGCUCUAA